CACAGCUCAGACCUGCGUGAGAGAAAAGUCCAUCAGCUCUUGUGACAGGACGAUGCCGUUAAAGCUAUGACAACAACAGUCAAACGCAAUAAUGUAAAAUCCACCUGUCAUAUCACAGAAAAUCCGUGUCGGGUCUCUUCAGCCUCGAAAAUUAAGGUACGUUCCAUCCAUGGCCAUCGUGCUGCGUCUGCAGGGUCUAACCUUUGAGGCUGAAGCUGACGAUAUUCGCGAAUUUUUUCAUGGUUUAUGGAUUCCCCAGGGUGCUGUCCACAUCACAGGAGGGGAUCUGGGAGAGGCCUUUAUCAUAUUUUCUUCAGAACAAGAUGGCCAACUUGCCAUGAGAAGAUCUGGAAAUGUUCUGAAGGGAUCACAUGUGACACUGCAUAUCAGCAGUCCAGCAGAAUUGAAGGAAAAACUGGUUUUGAGCCUAAAGCAAGAUUCUACAAAACUCAAAGAUUCCCCUGAAACCCAGUCAGUGGACUCUACCAAACAAUCUUGUGAAAAAGUGGAACCUCUGAGCAAUAGUCAGCCGGAUGCCGCAACAUUGCUGCUAGCCCUGUGUAUUGCUCUUAAUAAUGGAAUGGAAACGAAAACACAAACAACAUCCACUAAAGAGGAUCCAAAUAGCAGCAAACCUCUUAUAAAUUCGCAGACAACUCAAACCAGUCAUUCACCAUCACCAACAGCUCUUAGUCCGUCACUAUCAACAACUGAUAGUGACAAAGUGGAAAAGGAACAGUUGAAAAUGGAAGCAUCAGUCUGUAAUCCUGGUUACUUGCGUCUAUAUGGGCUGCCACACACUAUCACUAAAGCUGAAAUCAGGCAUUUUCUCCAUGGCCUCUGUGUUCAACAGGUGCUUGUGAAUGUCCGCUUGGGGGAACGCCGUGGUUGUCUGGUUAAGGUAGCCAGCGAGGACGAGGUGGAGGUAGGGCUGCAGAGGAAUGGGAAAACCUUUCGUACAUUUCCUGUGGAGAUCAAGAAAGCCACAGUGAAGCAGUGGACCUAUGCCACAAUGAAACCCAAGGGCUCCCCACAGCAGAUCCAAACAGUCACUUUGUCACCAGAAGUACACCUGGAUCAAAAAGAAGCAUGCAUUUCAACACGUAAAAGGCCUCACUCUGGAGAUCAGUUCCCAAAGACUUUCAAAAAGAAGCGCGAAGAAUAUUACAUAAUGGUAAGGAACCUCCAACCCAGCAUGAAUAAGACGGCAAUAAAAACCCUUUUGGGCUGUUCCCAUCUUCCAAACAGCAAGGUCCAGCACUUGCUUGAUAAAAACCUCAUGCGCACCAGUACAGCUUUUGUUGCUUUUGAUCUGGUGGAGGAUUAUGUGUCUGCCAUGAACCUCAGCGGCAGUCGCUUUGGAACACUGGUUCUGGAUGUGUCAUCUAUCACCAGGGAAAAGAUGAUGUCCCAGUUGUGCUCAAACAGGAAAAUGAUGGAUAAACCAAAAUGGCCGCACUCUGGCUUAAGUAAAACCUGUGUAUACGUGAGAAACUUACCCGCAGAUGUGUCAUUGGUGCAAGUCCAGGAUAUUUUUCAGCAGUUUCUUGUGGCGAAGGAGGAUGUAACGUUGCUAAGAGAUAACAAGGGGAACGGUCUUGGUGAGGCUGUCGUGUUAUUUGGUACCGAAGCCACUGCUAGGGAAACCCUUUCUCUCCACAGGGGCAGCUUUCUUGGAAACGAAAUUCUGCUCACCCUCAUCACCCCUCAACAGCGGGGCAGCAUGUUAUCAGGACAGUCGCUUAAUGAUUGAUAGCAUUUCAUGGUGAAAUGUGGGCACAAACAUGCUUUAUCUGCAGUGGUAACAUUAAAUGUUAGCCCUAAUCAAGUCAGCACCUAAAACACAAAGCAGCUUUACCCCUCGUGUUUAUGAAGAAUGUAUCAGAUUUGUUAGGUCUGCAGGCAAAUGCACUGUUUAUUUUUUGUUUGAAAUGACUGAAAAUCCCAAAGACAUGAAACUUUAAGUUAUUUUUUAUUUUAAUUUUAUAUUAUAUAUUGCUCACACCUCUUUAAAUGUGGACUACAGCACCAGCAGCAUUUGUACUAUUAGCUGAAUGGUAUAAGAUAUACGGAAAGCCCUGGCACUGGCACUAUCUAUGGCACCAUGGAAAGUCUUAAGUUCUUAUCCAGUGGCAAGAGAGCAUAAUGUCUUGGGAAUGUAUCCACUACUACAGACUGAUGCCUUAUACUGUAGCUGUCAAUGUGGAUUGAUGCAACAAAAGAAUAUAAUUGGGUGGAAAAACAUUUUACAAGUUAUAUUUAGCCAUACAGUUCUAUAUGUUUGUAAACUAUUUUUGUUCAUAUAUAUUUUGUUGAGUUGUAAGUUAGACAAUAAAAUGUUCAAAAUGAUUGUG